AUGGCCUCCUCCUCCCACCAAGAACAACUCCAUGAACAAGCAGGCCAGGAAGACCACCACGACCAGCACGGCGACCAAAUCACCGCUCCACUUCUGCAGCCAUGUAGUUCGCCGGAGGAAGGAGAGGAAUGGGAGGAGGCGGAGAACUCGCCGGUGGAGCAGGUGGCGCUGACGGUGCCGGUGGGAGACGACCCGUCGACGCCGGUGCUGACGUUCCGGAUGUGGGCGCUCGGCGCGACCGCCUGCGUGGCGCUCUCCUUCCUCAACACCUUCUUCGGGUACCGCAAGGAGCCGCUGGAGAUCACGGCCAUCUCGGCGCAGGUCGCCGUGGUGCCGCUGGGCCGGCUCAUGGCCGCGGCGCUCCCCGAGCGCGCCUUCUUCCGCGGCCGGCGGUGGGAGUUCACGCUCAACCCGGGACCGUUCAACGUGAAGGAGCACGUGCUCAUCACCAUCUUCGCCAACGCCGGCGCCGGCAGCGUCUUCGCCAUCAACCUCGUCACGGCCGUCCGCGUCUUCUACGGCAAGCCCAUCUCCUUCUUCGUCUCCCUCCUCGUGGUCCUCACCAGCCAGGUGCUGGGGUUCGGGUGGGCGGGCAUAUUCCGGCGGUAUCUUGUGGAGCCGGCGGCGAUGUGGUGGCCGUCCAACCUUGUGCAGGUCUCCCUCUUCAGGGCACUUCAUGAGAAGGAACGAAGGCGCAAAGGUGGCACCACGCGCACUCAAUUCUUCUUGGUGGCAUUCGUGUGCAGUUUUGCCUACUACAUCUUCCCAGGCUACCUGUUUGAGAUGCUCACUUCCAUUUCCUGGAUCUGUUGGAUCUUCCCCACCUCCGUAGUCGCUCAACAGCUUGGCUCAGGCCUCCACGGCCUUGGCAUAGGUGCAAUUGGGCUUGACUGGUCAUCCAUCUCCUCAUACCUCGGAAGCCCUCUUUCUAGCCCCUUGUUUGCUACUGCAAACAUUGCCGCGGGCUUCUUCAUCUACAUUUAUGUAGUCACGCCCAUCGCCUACUGGUUCAACGUCUACGAGGCGCGGAACUUCCCCAUCUUUUCAGAUGGUCUCUUUACGGCGACUGGUCAGAAAUACAACAUCUCUAGCAUUGUGGAUUCCGAGUUCCACUUCGAUGCAAAUGCCUAUGAGAAGAAUGGGCCAUUGUACAUAAGCACCUUCUUUGCUGUCAGCUAUGGUCUUGGUUUUGCUUGCCUGACCGCAACGAUUGUCCAUGUUCUCCUUUUCCAUGGAAGUGAAAUUUGGCAGUUAAGCAAAUCAGCUUUCCAGGAUAGAAAGAUGGAUGUACACACAAAGCUUAUGAGGAGAUACAGGCAAGUCCCUGAAUGGUGGUUCAUUUGCAUCCUUGUCGCCAGUGCUGCAAUCACCGUGUUCACUUGUGAGUACUACAUUGAGCAACUUCAGUUACCCUGGUGGGGGAUACUGCUUGCAUGUGCCCUUUCUAUUUUCUACACCCUUCCAAUUGGAAUCAUCACAGCAACAACCAACCAGACUCCAGGUUUGAAUAUCAUCACGGAGUACAUCAUGGGUUACUUAUAUCCUGGACGACCUGUUGCAAACAUGUGUUUCAAGGUAUAUGGCCACGUUGCCCCUCGUCAAGCUCUAGCAUUUCUGCAAGAUUUUAAGUUGGGCCACUACAUGAAGAUUCCCCCAAGGACCAUGUUUAUGGCUCAGGUUGUAGGCACUUUGAUAUCAGCAUUUGUGUACCUUGGAACAGCAUGGUGGAUGAUGGACACAAUCCCCAAUAUAUGCAACACCGAGCUCCUCCCAGCAGGCAGCCCUUGGACCUGUCCUUAUGACCAUUUAUUCUAUGAUGCAUCAGUCAUAUGGGGCCUUAUCAGCCCACGCAGAAUAUUCGGCGAUUUGGGAACUUACUCUGCUGUGAACUGGUUCUUUUUGGGCGGUGCCAUUGCUCCCCUCCUUGUCUGGCUUGCACACAAGGCAUUCCCAGGCCAAAAAUGGAUCUUACUUGUCAAUAUGCCUGUGCUGCUCGGUGGAAUCAGUCAUAUGCCUCCCGCCACUGCAGUCAACUAUGAGGCGUGGAUAUGCGUUGCAUUUUUGUCUGGUUAUGUGGUCUAUAAGUACAGACAUAACUGGUGGAAGAGACACAAUUAUCUUCUUUCAGGUGCACUUGAUGCUGGUUUGGCAUUCAUGGCUGUCUUGAUUUAUUUAUGCCUGGAACUAGAUAACAUCACUUUGAACUGGUGGGGCAAUGUUUCAGAUGGAUGUCCUCUGGCUUCUUGCCCCACUGCAAAGGGUAUAAUUGUAGAUGGUUGUCCGGUGCAUAAUUGA